GUUGGUAGGUACCUUCACAGCUCUGCGCCCCAGGGAAGUAAGUACCUUGGACCGCCUGCCUGACCUCACUCUGUCCACGAACAGAGGGCAGUUUCACGUACCCAUUUGGCGGGUGCGCGCCCCGCCUAUCGCCAGCUUUCCCCUCGUGCCUCCCUACCCAGAUCUUCUGCCGCCACGCAUCAUCAUCCUCUGCAUCUGGCAGUUGUCGCUCCAUCUCUACUCUGUCUUAUCUCACACACGGCGCAUUUUUCUUUCCAUGCAUCAGACCCCUUUCCCGCCCUGCCAAUCAUCCUUCCCGUCUCUCCUCCUGAACCGUCAUCUGUCUCCAUCGUCUCAACCUCCUUGGAGCCGUGUCCGGCACCAAAAUAGCGCCAGCGUCCGUCCACAAGCCCUGGAUCGCCGUUCUCUCGCCUCGUUGCUCUCACUCGGGCCGGUCAAAGUUCAGCAUUAAUCUCACAUAUCGUCCCAUCUCGUCUCCCUACUUCAGUCUGUGCAACUUUGUCCCGAUCAAAUCGUAUUCCACGCCUUGAUCAGGCCUCGACCGAGUCCUCGACCUCGCUUUCUCCCUCGCUCAUCCACUCUUUCUCACUCAUACGCGCGCGCGCGCAAAGCCAAAACCGGGCCCGACAUCGUGACCACCGAGACCACUCGCCCCCCCCCUCAAACGAAUCGGACUGGGGUUCUCUGCUUAUUGAACCACAGAGCCCCGUCUCAUGCCACUUGACUGAACGGUCUAGAGACUUGUGUCCCGUCUCAUCGGUUCUCUUGCCACUCGCGACUGUGGUCGACUCUAACUGGACGCCGUUGGACCCUGACGCGAUUCACCAUCAAAGCCUCUCGAGUUUCAAUGUCUCACCCUUACCUUAAGACACCCUCUCUUCGAUAACCCCUUGGCUUUCAACAUCCAUCCGUUCAUUCUUUUCUCUAACACUCCCCGCUGUCGGACCUCACGCACUCCGCCAUCCUUUCUCUCUUCCUCAUCUUGGGCUCAACCACGUCCAUGAACCUUGUUCUACCCAGCAUGCAAACGACUUUGGCCUUCUCGCAUCCUCGCUAGCCUGCGAAGGGUCAUUCUGUGUGCAUUUGACACGCGUGACAUUCCGAUAGAACGCAAAUUAGCGGCAGACGUGGUCUAGGAUGACUGCCGCCGCAACUCUGAAGCCCCUCCCCGAUAUGUCGGUUCGACACAAAAACUACGCUUUUGGCUCUAACGAUGAUGCCCUGUCGGGGCAGAGAAUGUUCAAAAAGCACAAAGUCCUGCCUCAUCCCAAGAGACACAGGAGCGAUACCGCGAGUUCUUACGAAGUACGAUCAACUCCCAGGGGAUAUGAUCUCAUUGUUGACUCUGUCCCGCCACAGACGGACGCAUCGCAACAACCGAGCCCCCAGACGCUGAGACACCAGCCGAAGCGAAUAAGCAGCGGUCCGGAUUUGCCUCCAACACCGCCUUCACACUCGCGAACCUCGUCGAGCAGUCACUCGGUUCAGCCCCCAAGCCCGACGCCGGGAGAAACGGUGUCUGCGACACCGACGACACCGGCGCGUGCACCUGUCACUCCUCCGAACCAGCAAAGCCCGCCAACUCCCGACGUGACGCCUCCGCAACCCGCUAUUCACCCCAAAGCUGUUCGGCCGGCCCCCAUCGAUCGCACAGUCUCAAAAGCUACCACGGCUGAGUCGCGCGCCGAGUCCUUCAGAACUGCUAGAGAAGAGCCCUAUUCCUCUGGGGAGGAUGAAAUGCAAUCGACCGUCCGGCCAAACACAUUAUCUGCGCGAACUUCCCAGAGCACUGUCCGUCGCGCCUCAGAUCCUCGAUCGAAAUCGCCAACACCGGUUGGGCUAGGUCUGGGCCUGGAGUCUCUCACAGAGGACGCUGCAACCCCAAAAGCGAAGGGCGACUUUGGCGCUUUUGAUGGGGAAUGGGCCUCGACCAACGAAGUGGAACAAGAAUGGGAUGAUAAUCUGGGCAGGGCCGUGACAGUGAGGAAGAGACGUCAAGGCCCAAAAGGCCUACCUCGGGCUGGGAGACCAAAGGUCGAAAUUAUUGAAGACCGUGUGGUCACGCCCACCAACGCGACAAAGGCGUUACGUGCAAUGUCUCAGCGCGACAGAGCAGCCUUUUAUGCCCCGAGCGAGAUCGCCUGGUCCAAUACGCUAACCUCGGAAUCCCCAGCCAAUGUCGAUGCUCGGAGACUCUCGGGUAUGUCUGCCAAAACCAUCAAGUCAACGAGAUCAAAUCCUUCGACGGUUGUUGAGGCGAUCUUGGUGGAUGCUCCUUCAAUCCCGCAAAGGCGACAAACCCUCAGGCAUGUGCGCAAGCAAUUCGUUUUGAGAGAUUCUGGUCCCGAUCGUUCCUUUGUCAGCUCCGCCACCAACCCAGCCGUUCAACUGGAAGGCUCUUCGCGACGUCCAAGGUCGCUGGCUCGCCCCAGCGACAGCCGCCACAACAGCUGCGCUUCGAGCGCAACUUCUAAUUCCAUCUCGAGCGGGAAAGCUCGCAGGGAGAUCUGGAAGAGUGGUGGCAUUCCGGUGAUUGUUGUUCCGCACCGUCGAUCGUCCGUCAAGUCGAAGUCCAGCAGGGAGCCAUCCCUAAGAUCUACAAGCAGUCGAAGAUCCAAGAGAAGUGCAAGCUUGAGUUCAGCAACUCGUGCCAAUGGAUCAGAGGGCCACACUUUGGCGACCCCGGUGUUCGAGCGGCCAGGGCGGAGAAACCGAUCCAUGUCAGAGUCAGAUGGCUCGGAUCAGCGGACGAUUGACUAUCCACCUGUCAUCCCGAAGCGGUCUUCUUCACUAUCUGCACCGACCAGCCGCAAUACAUCCCGCGCUGGUUCGCUCACCACGGAUAGCCUCAAGGCUCAAAACGCUUUGUUGAAUCAACACUCGGGACAUGAAACGAGAGCACCCGCCUUGACCCUUCAAAGGGCCACCUCAUCCGAGACCGACAACGGCCACCAUCACCGAGACCAUAAGCUCAACGUAGACCGUCACGGAGAUCCCUUCUUUGGCAAACGGCUAUCAACCCAGAACACUCCUUUCUCAGCAGCUUCCGUGGAGACAAGUGGUACUGCACCUGAAGUGUCGGAAGCGAAGGCUGUGAGCCUGUACCCUCACCAGAAUUCGUCCGUCCUCGUAGUAAACCACUCCAACAAGCCUUCAGAGAGCUCCGACACGUCCCAGACGGAUAAGGAACUCUUACAGACUCCCCGGAGGCCUACGAUAAUCACUACUGGACCAGACGGAGAAGGACCUGCAACGCCCCCGCAGACUCAACACACCAUGGAUGACGUGGACUCGCCGCUCCGUAACCCUCGAGCUGCUCCGCCAGUGCCUCCCGUCCCACCUCCUGCCAUCCAGUUCAUCCCUGCAACUCCUUCAGGGCUAACACCUCAUCACGAGAGGCAGCGCAAUAUGGGCAAUUAUUUCGAGACAAUGGUCGAUGAGCAGCCUCAGAGAAGUGGAUCUAUUGUCCGCAGGGCCCUGGCACGACGACGGAACUCGGAGACAUAUCCGCCUAGCACUGGUAAAUCGGGACUCUUGACGAGGACCUUCUCUCUCACGCGUAGAGGUUCAAACCCCAAAAAGCACUCUUCUGCAGGAGGCCCUUGCUCAUGUCCGGACUGCGAAGCCCCACUCCCCGAGGGCGACCGACUUCAUCCUCACUGGCGUCCUGCCUACGCCGAUCAAGAUGAUGACAUAUGGGAAAGAGAAAUGGAGGACGAGCCUAUCAGCCAGGGCUAUCGGUAUCCUCCGAUCGAUAAUCGCCCACCACUUCCGCGGAGGAGCAUCAGCGCGCGGAUGAAAAAGACUUUUGCCAUACUUCCCAACCGCGGCGAGGAUGACUUCUACUCGUCGGGGACACGGAAUGAGCCUGAUCGACGCACCAUACGCCGGACGGAUAGCGGAAACCUGCGUGUAAUGCGACGCCGGAGCAGCCUGGACUCUCUUCGCGAUCAGUCUACUAAUUCUGGCUCUUACCUGAACGCCGAUGGUGAACGCGACAAUAGGGAGGAAGCUGGCCCGAAGAGAAGGAGACGCUUUUCUAUCUCGGGCGCGUUGGAAGGGUUACACAACCUUCCGAGACAGAUAAACGAGCGCAAGCGAGAAAAGAGAACAAAAGAGCUGCGCCAGAAGAUCAGUGGCCCUCGGGAAGUGAGGGAUGGCGUAGGAGAUGUCAUCCGACGAAACACAUACCGUGACGCGCAUUAACAAACCGACUUGUCGACUCGCCAUUUUU